AUGUCUAUCAAAGCACCAAAGCCAAAACAGAUCCGUCUCCCAUUUUCAGUCCCUAAGCCCGGUAUAUCCGGUUCAUCUGCUCCUACGAGAGUAUGCGGGAUAUGUAAAAAGAAAGAUUCGUUAUAUACUUGUCCAAGAUGUAACGUUACGUAUUGUUCCUUGGAUUGUUUUCGAGCACCUUCACAUACACAAUGUUCAGAACCAUUUUAUCGUUCAAGUAUAUUAGACGAAAUUGGAGAAUCUCAAGCUGGACCAGAAGAGAAGAAAGCAAUGUUAGAAAUGUUGAAACGAUUUGAGGAAUCUCAGAUCGAGGGAGAGAAUCCAGAUUUUGUUCUGGAACAAGAUGAUGGGGAUGAGGAUGAGGAUGAAGAAUACGAUCAACUUGUGAAAGCUCUUGAAGGUGUUGAUCUGGAUACCAUCAAUACUAAUGAACUUCUACGUCUUUUACCUCCGAGUCAACGCGAUGUAUUCCUCAAUGCCAUCCGAAACCCCGAAAGUGAAAUAUGUAAAGAACUUUUAGAAGCAGCUACCAAAGACUCAUCUUUACAUUCACCUUCUACAUCAACGUCUUCUCUGUCAAAUGACAACGACGAACAACAGGUCCCAGAUGUUUUACCAUGGUGGGAAUCAAACUUUGAAGAAAGUGAAGAAGGAUACGAGGAAAGACCUCCGUUGAUAGAUUCUAAGGAACUGAAAUUGCCUGAGGGAACGGGAAAGAGGAUGGUUUAUAAUGCUUUGGCUAUUGCGAUGGGUUAUGUACACGUUUUGUUAUAUUUCCGACUACCUUCACUUGCUCCUACUUAUCUGGAAAAAUCAUCACAAAAGACCAAGCAGCUUACAUCAACGGAAGGGGAAAUCCAAUUAAAACGAAUAAUUCCUUUUCUCACUGAGAAAUCCACUAUCCGUCAUACUUCCCGAAGAGAAGCUUGGUCAUCUACUUGGGAAAGUAUCGGUCUCGAUACCCAAGGAUUAGAUCCUUCCAUUCUCAUACGACUCCUUACUAUACUGAAAACUAUGAUACACCCUCCUUUAGAUACUUCAGCUCGACCGGGGAUUAUGUACGUUUUGUCCGAUUUACACCGGUUAUACUCUGGAAGAAAAGAUGUGGAGAAGAAAAUAGAGUUUUACCUCGUAGCUUUGAAUCAGAUAGGGAGGAAAGAAUGGUUGGAUCUAGAGAAGCAUUUGGAGAAGGAUAUCAUUGAGUUAGAGAGGGAGUUGGGAGAUGAAGAAGAAAUACGAGACACUAGAUUAUUGAUAUGA